ACAUAAUUUCGUGCCUUCUGUGUAGUUUAGAGCUCCAAGAUGAAAAUCACCAGCAGUCUCCAGUACUUGUCCAGUCAUCCUUACCUCAGACGUUUGGGGAGUCGACGAUUUUUCUCGACUCAGAAAAGUUCCUGGCCAAAGAGCGUACGCAUCGUGGAGGUGGGCCCCAGGGAUGGGCUCCAAAAUGAGCCAAAGAUCCUGCCAGCUGCUACCAAAAUAGAACUCAUAAAUCGCCUGUCGGACACUGGCCUUAAGACCAUUGAGGCUACAAGUUUCGUCAGCCCAAAGUGGGUGCCACAGAUGGCGGACAAUAUGGAGGUGCUGAAGGGGAUUGCGAAGAAGGCGGGUGUCUCAUAUCCUGUUCUCACGCCAAAUAUCAAGGGCUUCGAGGCAGCUCUGGCGGCUGGGGCGACGGAGGUGGCAGUUUUUGGGGCAGCCUCAGAGAGCUUCUCCCAGAAGAACACCAAUUGUUCCACGGCGGAGAGCAUUGAACGCUUCAGGGUAGUGUUGGAUGCUGCCAAGAAGGCAAAUGUGCGCGUCCGUGGAUACGUGUCCACUGUUAUUGGUUGUCCCUACGAAGGCGCCAUCGAACCUCAAGCCGUGGCGCGAGUAUCUAAGCAGUUGCUGGACAUGGGUUGCUAUGAGAUCAGUUUGGGAGACACCAUUGGUGUGGGAACACCGGGAACCAUGUCAAAGAUGUUGCAGGAAGUGUUGAAGGUCAUCCCGGCAGAUAAAUUGGCCGUGCAUUGUCACGAUACCUACGGACAAGCCUUGGCAAAUAUUCUCACGUCCCUGGAAUACGGAAUUUCUGUGGUUGAUUCUUCGGUGUCUGGACUUGGAGGAUGUCCCUAUGCUCGCGGAGCUUCUGGCAAUGCCGCCACUGAGGAUGUUGUCUAUAUGCUUCAUGGAUUGGGCAUAGAAACUGGCGUGAAUCUGGAGAAACUUGUGAAUGUUGGGAAAUACAUCUGCGAAGAACUGGGACGUCCCUCGGAGUCCAAAGUGAAUCGCGCGAUGAGGAAGACUAAACCGCAGUGAUAAAUCCUGCGAAAGCUGUGUCCUCAAAGAUUUCUGCAUUUAGCAAGGUAACGCAUGUGAUUCUGUCUUACCAUGUCCAAAGUAGUGGAGAGUAGUUUUGAGUAGUGAAGGUUGACUUCCGCGGGAUGAGGAUGGAAGAUAGCCUGAGAUUUUUAUUGCAAACCGGCAAACAAACGGACACAAUCUUAUCUAUAAUGAAAUAAAAUUUCGUGCAUUGUCUAACAGUUGAUGUGUGUUUGGCGCGGAGAGACAAACACGCUUUGCAGGGCUGCGAGAUAUCAGUUGGGAAGAUGCUCCCCAUUGAAAGUAUCUCUAAAGUGCCCAGACAUUCCAAACUGUACCAGGAUAGUUUGCAAAGUGAAGACUUAGGCCAGCAAUAUCAUGAUCUAAUUUAGAUAGUCCAAAGAUUAUAUGAAUUAUCAGGGAGUGUCAUAGAGAUUUAAUGAGAAAUGUAAAAGUCGCCUUGAAAUACUAUUCUUAGAAAGACUUUGAAAAGUGGUGGGGUGUUGAGAAAUAUGAAUAUUGAUAAGGAGAUCACGUUUAAAGUCGUUUAAGGUGUUAUAUAUGACUACAAUGGGUUGGGCUUUCAUUAUCUUUUUGAUAUAUAAUGUUGUAUAAAAUUAUUGAAUAUUAUUUUUUGAGUCUGUAGAAAAGUGUGCCUAAAGUUUUUUG